AUGUUCCAGCACCCAAACGAGGAUUUCAGACGAGCACUCGUGCACAAGAGUAGGUUCACUGCAGCCGCUCAGGGCCAAGUCCAGUCAUUGCUGCGACAUGAACGGUUACGCCGAUGGAUGACCCACCAUCACCCCGAUCUGAUGCUCGUCGACGCCAACAUCAGUUCGUCCGGCCGGGAAAAGGUGUCUGCCAUAUCAGUCUUUUGCGCCACCUUGGUCUCUAGCAUGAUCGAAGUCCAUCCUAACGAGGUGGUUGUCCAAUUUUUCUGCGGAUUACAUACCGCUCGCCUGGAUCCCUGGCACGGGCCGAACGGUCUGGUCCGUUCUAUCGCCAUGCAGCUCUUGUUGAAACUAGUCAAGAUGAAAAUUCUAGACCUGAACUUCAUCAACAAUCGGGACUACCUGAGAGACCUCGAGGAGCACGACUUAAAUGCACUUUGCGAGUCACUUUACUCGCUCGUGUCUCAGUUCCCGGCCGACACAACAGUGUACUGCAUCAUCGACUCCAUUUCUUGGUUCGACAAAGACAAGACUUUCACGGAUCUCGCCGCCGUAAUGGAAUGGCUGCAAUACAUUGUUGAGGACCGGUCACUGAUUCCUAUGUUCAAGAUACUGCUGACAAACCCGAUGAAAAGCACCAGGAGAAUGAAGGAGCUGCCGGUGUUCAAAGAGAACCCGGCUAGACUUGUUACUCUUUCCUCGAGGAAUCUGGUGCCCAUGGGAAUAUCUAACAGAGCAAUUGAACGUCAACUUUCCAGAUCCCCGUCACCGUCACCGCUCACGCCCAAGAGGGGCUUGCCUAGGACUCCAAGACAGGAAAGUUAUGACGAUGAUUAUGAUGGAUGGUAA